CUACGCAGUAGAUACGCCAUCGUCACCAUGGCGCCCUCACCACGCAAGAAAAGCGCGACGACGUUCCAGCUCUCUUGGAACGAAACCGAUGCUUCCUUCCUCGAUCCGACCGCCCUCCCUAUAUCCAAAGCGCCCCGUGCUUGGGAUCGGAAACAGGAGACCAAAACAACAGCCGAGGGAAAGCAGAAGAAGGUCUGGCGCAGAUACACGACGAGAUCGAAGACUGCGAAUGUCGCGUCGGCCGAAGAUGAUCACGAAAAUGACCAUGAUUCGCGCUCUAGACCUGUCAAAAAGCUGCAGCGCAUGAGCCCGCAAGCCAUAGAGAAAUCCGCCAAGUCACAACGGUCCACGAAAAGCGCGUUCAAGGCUACACGCUGGGACCGUAGGAAGAGUGUACUUCCAAGAAAGAAAGUUGCGGUCACUGAACCCGCCAAUGAUGACGCAGAAAAUGCAGACAGUAGCAGCGACGAUGACCGGCCUGGAGCAGAAGCUGAUACCAGCAACAAUAGUUUCUCGGAGAUGAAUACAUCGCCUGGUUUGGCUUUGGAAUCUGCACCUGCUGUGGAAACCAAAGAUCGCAGGUCAACCUUUACAUUCAGUAUGCAAGAUGGCCAGGAAGAGACGAUUGUCAGCGAUGCGACCAAUCCACCGGCAUUGUUGCAAGAAUCUGAGGUAGAUCAGGAAGCCACUUUGGUGGGCUUUUUCCGCUCCCCAACCAAGAGCGCAUCCGUGGAAAAGUCGCGACGAUCAUCCGAGCACAUCACAUAUCCUGAAUUGUCGCAGUUGAUGGACGUGGAGCCCGCCACAAGUGAGACCGUAGAAAUACUGUUCGGAGAAAGAAGUGAAGCGGAAUCUCAAGGUGAUGGUCCCGCUGAGGCUGUCCUUGCGAGUCAGAGCUGUGAAAAAGAGCCAGAGGAGCAAUCAAUUGCUGAUGCAAGGUCAAUUGCUGAUGCAAGGUCAAUGGAAGUGUCAUAUCCAUCAUUGCCUGCAGCAGAGGCCCAGCAAAACCAGGUUGACAUGGAAGAUGCGUUGGAACAAGAAAUAAAGGAUGACUCCGAGUCUGAUGCAGAGGAAGCUUCGAUAUCUCCUCAAGACGAAGAGUUUCUGGAUGCUCAAUCUCGAGAAGCAGACGGACAGGAUGACGAGCUUACUGAAGCCUCCCUCCAACUGGAUAUCCAACAAACUUUGGAGAAGGAGCAGCUGGAGACUCUUGAGUCCACUACAGAAGAUCACCCAGAGACUUUAAGCAGUCUCGAUGAGGGUAUGGAGGAUAAUAAUACGGUAGAAUUGCCCCAGGAAGAGCCCACUGACGAGAUACUUGAUGCUCCCGAACUUCAGUUUGGAAUGGAGGACAUCGCGGACGGGCUUACCCUCGGUUCUGUGACACCAUCAUCGAGGGAGCCGACUCCCAAAAAAUUACGGUCUCCUUCCCCUCCUCCAAUCGAGCACGGCGCCGACGAUACGACGACGAUGGCUCUCGACGACGACACGGCUAUGCUCAAAGACUUUCUUUCCCGUGCGGCCGCUAGCAAGGCAAGCAAAGCAGCCACCAUCUCUCGUCGCGAAUCUCUGCAAAAUCGGCGCGACUCGGAUGUUGUUCGUCACGCUCUCUCCUCCCCACGAAAAGUCCUGGAAGAUAAGGAUCCCAACUCACCCACAAAGUUCGACAACGAAGUUACGCUCGACCUCUCUCAGACGCUGACUCUGAGCAUGGAUCAGCCUCCUCUAUCGUCUGCAGAGGAGCCAACAACCACGAAAGAAACUGAAGAUGCGGCGCCGAAGAGUGCUCGACGAUCCUCUCGCACACGCAAAUCGCGACUUCCAGCACCACCCUCAGCAUUACCCACCGGUCCAUCUAAGAUAGCUGUACGUCGUGCAGAUGGCGGGGAGCCCGUUGUUCUUAAGAAGACCGAAACACAGGAGUUGAGCCAGCUGACGCGCGCAAACACACGUAAAAACAAACAGGGUGCUUUUGUCGUCAGCCUUCGACUGGCAAAACUCUCCAAAGAAGCGUCCAAGCGAGCGUCAGAUGAAGGCACUGCCGAUUCUUUAACUAGCGUGGUUCCCGUGCCGGGCAAGAAGUAUGUGCGCUGGGACGAACAGCUAGCAUACUUUCAAGAAGGCACUGACACCAAGGCUAACAUGCUUGCGGAAGCAGAAUCUCUGGCAACGCCCGACGAGCUCAGCCUACCCGGUCCAGCGGCGCCCAAAGCCAAAGCCAGGACCCCCAAGGCAGCGGCACUCAAGGAGAAGAAGACAGCAACCUCGACGAGCGGCACAUCUACACCCAAAGUCCGCAGAGUCCGGGGACUGGGGACGUCCAACGGCACACCAGGGAAAGGUCUUCUGAAUCCUGCCUCAUUACUCCCAGACGAAGUACAGGAAGAAAAAGACCUCGCCGACCAACAGCAACAGCAAAGGUCCAAACCCAAGUCAUCAAAAGUCAAAUCGAAUUCCGCAAGCAAGUCGAAGAGAGUGGCUUCCUCAACGACCGCUUCAUCAACAGCGACACCCCCAGUCGCAGAUACAACACCCGCUCCUGCGACCUCGGACCCUCCAUCCAGCAAACUCCCCUCGCUGGACAUCGCACCCGUGGGCAUCGAAACCGCCUCUUCUAAAAUCUCGUCGUCGAUGCGGAAGAGCAGGCUCGCUUCCCCCAAGAAAGUCAAGCUCCCUCAAGCACCCGCUACUGACGGCAAGGAGAGCCAUCAACAGCGGAGUGGCAUCACGGGCGUUGGCAGCAACCAUAUCGCGGGGGCGACGCCGAAGAAGGGUAUACCUGUUUUGAUGGGAAUCCCGGCUGGCAUGGGCGUUGUUGGUGGUGGGGCCACUGGUGAAACGGGGUUGCCGAGACGGAGGUUGAGGAAGUUGUGA